AUGUUUACAAAAGUCCGAACUUACAUCAUCCCUAUUUGUAUCACUUUAUGUUUACUUCAAUCAAUAACAUUGGUAGAUACUCUUGUAUCCGCUUCUGGUGUAGCUACACCUGAUGAAUAUAUUGAGCUUGCAAAAAGAAGUAUCAAAAAUGCUUCCCUCGGGGCAGGAUUGGGCAUCUCUGGUGCGCUAGCUGGUGUUGCUGGUUAUUUUACCAAAACUAUCUGCGCUGCAGGUGGUGCCAUGGCAACUGUUUUCGGGACAUUGGAAGGAAAGUUGGCCUGUGCUGCUUCUGCUGCUGUCUUCUUGGUACUCAGUGCUGUUACUGGUGCCUUGGCUGCUGGAGAUACUACUGCCAUUACAAAACGUGAUUUAUCAUCAAGUAUCUAUACUGGAUAUCUUUAUCACAAUUUAACGGGUAUUCAUUAUAGCUUAAAUUCAGCCCCAAUCGAGUUGACUCCUUACUACAAUGAUGUGGUAUCCGUAUUGAUCGAGAAGGCAAAUAUUACCAAUGUAAAAGUCGCUGACCAUAUUGCUGCUAACAACGAAACUUUGAAUAUUAAGCGUGAUGAAUCCAUUCUAAUUCACUCACUACACUUUGAACACAAUGGCUAUAAAAUGCAUGGUUUCCAUUUUGAUAACACUAUUGAGUCUUACCUGGAAGCAUUUGUCUCAUAUAAUGAAAACAGCACGGAAAGCUUGCAAAAGCGUGGGACAGCAACUCUUGAUUGGGCCUCUUUUACAGAGGCUUGGUCUGAUACGCAACAAGAAGAAGAAGCUAGUGGAAAUGCAUCUGAAGAAAUUGAUAAUGGUUGGGAAGAUUGGGACUUCGCAAAAUGGAUUGAACACGAUACCGGUAAUAAAUACUGCCUAGGUGUUGAAUGGACGUCCGACAGAUCCGAAUUUAUGGCGGGAGAAUUGUACUUCAACGCAUACGGUGGUGUGGAUGGAGAAUGCUGGGACAUAUUGGAGUAA